AUGAGCUCGGAAAAGCCUAGGAUUGGCAUAGGGGGCAGAUGGAUUCAGGACCGCCGGCAGUCCAUCUGGAGGGAGCACAAGUGGAAGCCAUCGCUCCGAGACGGACACACAGCCAGUUCAGUAGUCACGAGGCCUAGCGAACCACGAUCGGCACUCAGGCCGCGCUAUCAGCACGAGAUCCCGAGCAAUUCAUCCAUCGCAGGGAUUCAAUAUUCAACAUUGGCGCCCGCGAGAGAUCAGAAGUCAGAAGCGCAUUUGCUUAACACAGUUCAAAGUAGACGCGUUCGGAGCGCAUACGCGGAAGUAAAAGACAUCAGAGAAGCAUCACGGGAAAUCCCGGGAGGUUCUGAAUCGUCCUCUACGCUCCCACGCAUCCCCAUUGGCCCCCUACAUGUACGAUCCAGGUCAGGGCGCCUAGCUUUUUUCUUUCCCGUGUUUACUGAGAUUUGUGGCAUCGUCGCGCCGUUACGGCGGAUCUCAUCGGAAUUGACAGCAGUUGCGCCUGUCACGGAUGGUUGCUGUACGACAUCGCCGACGGGAGUCAGGAACGCGUCCGGCUUCACAACGACAGCGAAGGCGGGGCUUCGGAGGCUCGGGGGUCGGCGUGACAGCCCUGACCAGUCGUUUCUGAGCUUGGGAAGGGAAUUGAAGAGGUGCGGCGUACUACCGCACGACUUAUCAGAUAAGCCGCAACAGAUCCCUCCCCAACUUCGUGUUGGGCAGAAUCAGAUCGAGCUCAGCAUUGACAGCCCACCAUUCACUCCGAAGACCCAGAGGUGCAAACCGUCGUGCCGAGGAGGCGAGGUUGCUAGGAGGGCCCAUGCACCGGAGGUAGCAGUGACUGCCGACGACCUCGAGUUGCGAAUUUUACUCGAUAGCGUGCGCCUCGACUUCCUCGCUUCCAUGUUUCACAUUCCCGGCUGCGCCGCUGAAAUUCGAUGGGGCGGCAUUCAUUUCCCCCAGGCCACAAGCUUCGGAGCACCACCAAACCUUGUAGCCGCGUUUGAGGAUUCGCCCCUCAAUACCACUGUCCUCCACCAAAUUGCUGGACACGUCGAGCAACACGAGCCAGGUUUCUCAGCCCCUGGAACGCGCCAUACAACUGCGGGAGUCUGGACCAAGCGCGGGGGACCAUUCGUCUACACCAAGGCACCACCCGCUGUUGGAGCUACGGCGAGCUCCCUGGACCGACGGCAAAUGGCGAAUCUUGUUGUAUCGAACCUAAGCUUACUUGACCUCUCCCGGAAUUUGUCGAAGAGAAUUUUCAUCGGCCGACAAUACAAAGGAGCCGCUAAUGUGGGCUACUGCGCCGGUUCCGCUGCUACCCAUUCUGAUCAUACCGUGUCUGUCGGCAGGGUUGAUGUCUCUGCGUAUCGCAAGGAUUCCCAAGGAUUAUAUGUGUCCAAGCAAUGUCUACAGUUCAACCAUGUUAGUCGCGAUGUUUUUCCAGCGUCGCCUGCGGAUCGCCCAUUUUAUGGAUUCCCUGGGGCUAUCAUGGGCGACUUCUUUUCCUGUUAUAUGUUGAAGACUGAUGAGGCCAAUAUCAGGUAUGGAUGGCUUAGGGAGGGAUGGGGUUAUCACCUAAUUGGAGGGCGGUGCGCAGGGCCCAGCAGAUUGGGCAUAUCAAUCACUGGCAGUCAAGUCUGGGAUCACGAUUCGGUCAUCUUAUACGGAUUCGCAGUCAUCGACUCGGAAGUUCCGGGGUUGACGUUCAGCCAGUGCUUCUAUUUCUUCUGGCAUGAACGUGAUGACCACAACUCCCGGCGCCCCGAGCCCGGCACGACUGCUGAACUUACGAUAAGAUGUGGUAACCUGACCUUCAAGGUUCAGACGGGAGGGUCCAGCCAGGGAUCUGUCAGAGCCACCCUCGAGUCACAUGGAAUAUGGACGUCGCUACCCAAGCUCAUUUACUGCGGCACGCCUAUCCAGAUGCGAAGGGGAGGGAACUCGCAGUUCGUAGGCAAUUAA